AUGCACCCCGGUGCCUCCGGCAGCGGCGGCCCCGCGGCCCCCGGCGCCCCCGGCGAGCGGCGGGCCCCCGGGCGGGGCCGGGGCGGGCGCUGGCGGGCGCCGGCGGCGGGGGCCGCGCUGGCGGCCGCGGCCCUGUCCGGCCUGGGGCCCGGGGCGGCGGGGGGCGCGGGGCCGGGCGCCGCGCUGCUCGGGCUCGGCCUGUGCCUGGCGGCCGCCGCCGCCGCCUUCCUGCUGGGCGCGCUGCUCUCGCUCGCCCGCCGCGGCCCGCGCGCCCCGCCGCCGCGCUUCGCCGCCGCCCGCAGCCGGCGGGCCCUCCGGCCGCGGAGUCCUGUGUAUGGAAAUUCACAUGAGUCGGUUCAGUCUAGAAGGGUAGUAAUUUCUCAUAAUAUGGAUAAAGCUCUGAAAGAAGUGUUUGACUAUAGUUACAGAGAUUACGUGCUGUCCUGGUACGGGAACCUCAGCAAAGAUGAGGGGCAGCUCUACAACCUGCUCCUGGAAGACUUCUGGGAGAUUGCCAAACAGCUGCACCACAGGCUGAGCCACGUGGACGUGGUGAAGGUUGUCUGCAAUGACGUGGUGAGGACCUUGCUCACUCACUUCUGUGACCUGAAGGCUGCGAAUGCCAGACAAGAAGAACAGCCGAGGCCUUUUGUGCUGCAUGCAUGCUUAAGAAACUCAGCUGAAGAAGUACGGUUCCUACAGACAUGUUCUCGGGUUCUGGUGUUUUGUCUCCUCCCCUCAAAGGACGUCCAGUCACUCAGCUUACGUAUAAUGCUUGCAGAAAUCCUCACAACAAAAGUCUUGAAGCCUGUGGUGGCGUUCCUUAGCAAUCCCGAUUACAUCAACCAGAUGCUGCUUGCCCAGCUGGAGCGCCGAGAACACGUGAACGAACAUCACAAGAGAGCCUACACCUAUGCUCCUUCGUAUGAAGAGUUCAUCAAGCUCAUCAACAGCAACUCCGACGUGGAGUUCCUGAAGCAGCUAAGGUAUCAAAUUGUAGUGGAAAUAAUCCAGGCGACGACCAUCAGCAGCUUUCCGCAGCUGAAGAGGCAGAAGGGGAAAGAAACGGCCGCGAUGAAGGCGGACCUCCUGAGGGCCAGGAACAUGAAAAGGUACAUCAACCAGCUGACGGUGGCCAAGAAGCAGUGCGAGAAGAGGAUCAGGAUGCUGGGCGGCCCGGACUACGACCAGCAGGAGGACGGGGCCCUGGACGAGGGGGAGGGGCCGCAGAGCCAGAAGAUUCUUCAAUUUGAAGAUAUCUUGGCCAAUACUUUGUACCGAGAGCACUUCCGAAUGUACAUGGAAAGAAUGGACAAGAGAGCUCUGAUUGGCUUUUGGGAGUCUGUGGAAUAUUUAAAGAAUGCUAAUAAGAAUGAAAUCCCACAGUUAGUUGGUGAAAUUUACCAGAAUUUCUUUGUGGAGAGCAAAGAAAUAUCUGUGGAAAAAUCCCUUUACAAAGAGAUCCAGCAGUGUCUUGUAGGAAAUAAAGGUAUUGAAGUGUUCUUCAGAAUCCAGGGAGACGUGUAUGAGGCCCUAAAGGACAGGUAUUACCCUUCCUUUAUUGUCAGUGACCUGUAUGAGAAAAUGACGACCAAAGAGGAAGAAACACAUGCCUCGCAGUUGACUUCUAACAAGGAUGAAGUGAGCCUGGGCGAUGAGGCUGGUGAGGAAGCUGUGGAUGAAGGCACCAGUCACAUUCAUGAACAAGCCAGUUUCGCUGUAAACAAACUACGAGAACUAAACGAGAAACUUGAAUAUAAAAGGCAAGCUCUAAAUUCUAUUCAAAAUGCACCAAAACCUGACAAGAAGAUUGUUUCCAAGUUGAAGGAGGAAAUAAUUCUGACAGAGAAAGAACGCACAGACCUUCAGCUGCACCUGGCAAGGACAGACUGGUGGUGUGAGAACCUCGGAAUGUGGAAAGCUUCCAUCACUAGUGGAGAGGUCACAGAAGAGAACGGGGAGCAGAUGCCCUGUUACUUUGUCAUGGUGAGCUUACAGGACGUGGGAGGAGUUGAAACCAAGAACUGGACGGUCCCAAGAAGGCUUAGUGAGUUCCAGAAUUUACACCGGAAACUCAGUGAGUGCUUCCCUUCUUUAAAAAAAGUCCAGCUGCCUUCCCUCAGCAAGCUGCCUUUCAAGUCCAUCGAUCAAAAGUUUAUGGAGAAGUCCAAGAAGCAGUUGAACAAGUUUCUCCAGAAUCUGCUCUCGGAUGAGAGGCUGUACCAGAGCGAAGCGCUUUAUGCCUUCCUGAGCCCUUCUCCUGACUACCUCAAGGCUAUUGACGUGCAGGGGAAGAAGUCCACCUUUUCCCUGUCCUCCUUUCUGGAAAGACUUCCCCGCGACUUCUUCUCCCACCAGGAGGAGGAGGCGGAGGAGGACAGUGACCUGUCAGAUUACGGCGACGACGUGGAUGGGAGGAAAGACUCCUUGGCUGAACCGUGCUUCAUGUUGAUAGGGGAGAUUUUUGAGCUUCGAGGAAUGUUUAAAUGGGUGAGAAGAACAUUAAUUGCUCUCGUUCAGGUCACUUUUGGAAGAACCAUCAACAAACAAAUUCGGGACACAGUGAACUGGAUUUUCAGCGAGCAGAUGCUGGUUUACUAUAUCACCGUUUUCCGGGAUGCUUUUUGGCCAAAUGGGAAGCUGGCACCACCGACCAAAAUCCGAAGCAAAGAGCAAAGCCAGGAAACGAAGCAGAGAGCCCAGCAGAAGCUGCUAGAAAACAUACCAGAUAUGCUUCAGAACCUUGUUGGACAGCAAAAUGCCCGUCAUGGUAUAAUAAAAAUAUUCAAUGCACUGCAAGAAACAAGAGCCAAUAAGCAUCUGUUAUACGUGCUGAUGGAAUUGCUGCUGAUUGAACUGUGUCCUGAGCUGAGAGCUCACGGGGAUCCGCUGAGAGCUGGCCAGGUUUGA